GGCGGGCGUCGACGAGGGCAAACGGACGAGCCAUACCAGAGUCAAGCAAACCAUGUGGCGGUCUCACUUCGCGGCUCCUCUUCACAGCCCUCUCCUGUGCGAGUGCGACGACUCGAGACCCAUGGCCCAGAAGUCGUCAGACGUCCGGGAGCCCUGGCAGCAUACAACCAGCCCUUCUCCUCGACCUGUACGGGAUCCCGGCAUGCCACUUCAGACGUAUCACAAGCAGCUGUGGCUGCUGCUCACCUCGGAACCCUCAUCUAACUAGGCAGAUUGUCCCUGCAGAAAGCGUUGGACUCGUCUAUCCGGACAGACUAGUGGAGGAAUUACAUCCGUCAAUCUCGACCUUAUCCAUCACCCCAUCUCUUCACUCUUGUCGACCUUCUUGAGCUCGAACCACGCCACGUGGACGACGAUAGCCGCGUGGUAUCCUCGACAUCCGGAGAUUUACGACCACCUGGACCCCCGGUCGUCUAUCUAUUGAAAGUGCGCGUCUCACAAAUAAAACUAUUCACAAUGGCACCCCUCGACCGUUCUUCGGGCAAAGAAGCCCUAUCGCAAGUCACCAUGGACGACAACAUGGACUUCAAUGGGACCGACUUGCCACCUGAGAAGCAAGGCACGGUCGUCGAUCGAAGAGACAUGUAUCGAAUGGGCAAGCAGCAGGAGUUUCGGCGUAACUUCAGCUUCAUUCCAAUCUUUGGCUUCGCCGCCGUCCUAAUGAUGACAUGGGCGUCAGUCUUGAGCUCCGCAAGCUACACUCUCCCGAAUGGCGGUCUUCCGGCCAUGAUAUGGAUCUAUAUCGUCACACUUUUUGGCUUUGGCUGUGCCAUUCUAACAAUGGCCGAAAUGAGUUCUAUGGCGCCCACGUCUGGCGGACAGGUGAGUGACAUUCUGCCACAAACUUCAGACUCGAAGAACGUAUCGCUAAUAUUCGACAAGUAUCAUUGGGUCUCCGAGUUCGCCCCACCGGGUUUCCAGAAGCUCCUAAGCUAUCUUGUCGGCUGGUUUUGUGUUCUGGGAUGGCAAGCAGCUACCCAAGUCCAAGGACUGAUCGCUCUAAACGACGAAAAUUAUUUGCCGAAGCCAUGGCACGGAGUCCUGUUGACAAUUGCAGCAGCGAGCGUGGCGGUACUGUUUAACAGCUUGUUCGCUCGCAAGCUCCCUCUUCUGGAAGGCCUCGUCCUCAUACUUCUGGUCUUUGGCUUCUUCGCUGUGCUUAUCCCUCUAUGGGUGUUCGCGCCCAGACAGCCCUCUUCUGCGGUCUGGACAGACUGGCAUCAGACCUCAGACUGGCCUUCAAUGGGUCUCGCCGCACUCGUGGGAUUUACUGGACCCAUUUAUGCCUUGAUUGGUCCUGAUUCGGCAGUACAUAUGGCAGAAGAAGUCCGUGACGCUUCGCGCACAAUCCCUCUCGCCAUGGUCUCGACCCUCGUCCUCAAUGGCAUCACCGGAUUAAUCAUGGCCAUCACAUUCGCCUACUGCAUCGGCCCCAUCGAAGCCGCACUUCAACCGCAAUACAACUUUGCCUUCAUCGGAACCUUCUACAACGCAACGCAAUCCCAAGCCGGAGCAACAGUCAUGACCUGCAUCAUCACAACCCUCACCCUCUGCUCUGCAAUCAGCAACAUCGCCACCGCUUCUCGCCAAAUGUUCGCCUUCGCCCGCGACCACGGUCUCCCAUUCGCCCGAGUCCUCAGCUACGUCCAACCAGGUCUCGACAUCCCGCUCAAUGCCGUCUUGGUCUGCUUCAUCUGCACCGUACUGCUCUCCCUCAUCAGUCUCGGCAGCGUCGUAACCUUCAACGCGAUCCUCUCCAUCGGCGUCGUAGCACUCCUCACCUCCUACCUUACCUCCAUGGGCUGCAUCUUGCUCAAACGAAUCCGAGGCGAAAAGCUUCUACCCCGAAGAUUCGAUCUCGGAGUCCCACUAGGCUGGUUCGCAAACGUCGUCGGCAUAGUUUAUAUUCUGCUCGCGUUUAUUUUCGCUUUCUUCCCACUGGCGAAUCAUCCGACCUUGGAGACUAUGAAUUGGGCUUCGGCAGUCUACGGAGGUGUAGCAAUUGUCGCGACGUUUUAUUACAUCUUCUACGCGAGGCAUAUAUACGUUCCGCCAGUGUCGCGGUUGGCGAAGGAUUUAUGAGAGUUAUUCUUUCAGCGUUUGUUUGAUUUUGCGUUUAGCGUAAGGAUCGAUAAUUGAGAUAUGUCCCAGUACUCAGAUUUCCCCCCGAAUCUCCUUCUUACACUGCAGUAAAUGUUCCUUGA